UGUUUGCAUUUCUUUCUCUAUAAAUAUCCUUUAAGUUCCAGGCUUCCAUCCACCUGAUCAGGGUUGAGUUCGUGCGGCCCUGGCCUCCUGCCGUCUCCUCUUGUGAGAAUCUCUUCUGUGCUAUUUUCCAAAAGUAAAAGGGUGAGCGGGCUGCUUGUGGAUCUUCUUCACGAAAAUGGUGACCAUGGCUCGACCUCCGGGCGAGAGUCUUGCUCUGGACAAGCUAUGGUCUGAAGCUAGGGGCAUGGAUGAUGCUCAGGUUAGGAAAGCCAUCUGGAAGGGGGCAAUCCCCCUGCGGGUUGUGCUUGAUGCAAACGAGGUCACGACACUCACGCCCCCACCACCCUACUAUGUUAUGGCGCCAAGAAUGAGUUUCCUACCUUUGCUGGUGGAUAAGCUACGAAGGCAUUUCCAAUCGGUUCUUCCUCCUGGUACGGAAAUGGCGUGGUUUGAUUACAACGGUCUGCCAUUAAAGUGGAAUAUCCUCACUGGAGUGUUGUUCGACCUCUUAACCGAUGGCCAGGAGCGUCCGUGGCAAAUAACGGUGCAUUUUCGCAAUUUCCCGUCAGAUUUGCUCAUUCCUUGGGACGGUGAAGAGACAAUCAAGUGGAGUUUCAUGAACGCAUUGAAAGAGAAGAGAAGAGAAGAGGGAAGAGAAGAGAAGAGAAGAGGAGAGGAGAGGAGAGGAGAGGAGAGGAGAGAAGAGGAGAGGAGAGGCGAGGCGAGGCGAGGCGAGGCGAGGCUAGGAGAGGCGAGGCUAGGAGAGGCGAGGCUAGGAGAGGCGAGGGGUGUGCCGAGUGCCGCAGGUAGUGGUCAUCCUUUAUCGCCCACGGUGAAGCUGAAUCAGUCUGCUAGCGGAAGUCCAAGAGGAGGGGGAGGAGGAGUGGGGGGAAGAGGGUGUCGUGUGCCUGUACGACUGUAUAUAAGGACGUAUGGGCGUAAAGGAGGCGGCGGCGACGGAGGAGGACGAGGAGGAGGCAAUGCCGAGGUAGAGGAUGAUCUGGGCUGUAUAUCGCAAUGGGAGGAAGUGGUUUAUGCAACCCGUCCCGUUGAGAUCCCAACAGAAAAAGGGUCGAAACGGAAGGCUAGGCCAGGUAAGAAGGAGAGGCAGAGGGUGGAGGCGCGAGUCCCAGCACGAAGGAGGGGGCUGCUGUCCUUCACUUUAGUGGAGCAGGGGAAGCAGUACUUUAGCUUAGUAGAGCUGUUGGAGGACACUUAUGAAGCAGGGAUAAGGGUGGUGAGGCUUGAGUCGUCCGGCGGUGACGUGUGGGGAGAGAAGUGGUCGAUUGUCCGAAGGAAGUUUGGUACGUCGACAGUUCUCGUUAAGGAAGUGAAGAUGCUGUUGGGGAGGGCUAAGCAGCACCUUGAGAAAGGAGGCAGAUUCAGAGUGGCAGCGGUAGUGAAGACCGAGAGUGCACGAUGCAGAGGGAAAGGGUAUCUUAGGCAGCUGCUUGAGAUGCCGAGGAAGCAAGCUGAGCUUAAGUAUUUUGGCGUUUCAAAGCUGGUCUUUUUGUAUCGGUGUGCUAGGGAAUUCAAGACCAAGGCCACUCGGAGGACCCUGAAGGAGAAGAUAGCGUCGGUGAUCAGGAAAACGACGGGGUUGAAUAUCAGGUUGAAGAUCAGUGUGGGCGUGAAGUAUAGCCAUAGGCUCAGGAAGAGGAAGAUCCAUGACACAGUGGUGUUGUGUGUGGGGAAGCGCAAGAUCCACCCCGUGCUGAAGACGGUGCUGCAGCGCCGCGUGAGGGUGGUGUGGAAGAAGAAUAACACGGUUGAGCAGGAUCAGUUACCGAGAGAAGAAGGACAUGUGUUGGCUCGAGUCGCGCAAUGCUCAGUGAUUCCCCCAUUUCUGCACAAUGGGAAGAAUGUGCUGCAAAGCGAUGGUGGGACAAGACCGUCUGAGGUACAGCAGGCUAUUGGACGGUCCUUGGGGGCAGUCAUGGGUAGAGGUUUGUACGAGGUAGCAGACCUGAGUGAUUUACAAGAGAUAGUCUCAGACCGAGCAGAGGUCAGGACUGCUGUCUCUGAGAAGCAAGCGAAGGAGUUAGCGGCAAAGCUGAGUCACCUGGUUGUAGUCCCGGUAGACAGGAACCCGGGUGACCUGGUGGUCAUGUGCCCCUCAACGUAUUACCAUGGCCUCCAGAUGAUGUUCAUUCUUAAUGUCGCGUACCAGCGAGAGUCGAGUAUGACUGAGGAUGAGGUGCUUGCUCAGGUGAAGACGGAGUACAAAAAAUUGGCCCUUGACAAGGUGGGCGCCUGGAACCCGGCGGCCAAGCUUGUGAAGGCGUAUGUCCUACCGAAGCAUAAGGAUCUGACAAGGUGGAGGCCGAUCGCACCGGCGAAUGCGGAAUUCUCAAGGACAGCGGGGAGGAGGCUAGCCCGGGCGCUGAACUUCCUACUUGAAAGGGUCCCUAAUGUCAAGCACUUUAAUCUGAAGGCCUCGGCGUUGCUGAAGCAGAACUUGGAGGGUGCAGGAAUAAAGAUUAGUCUGUUUGGUGGGAGGUCGACAGCACUGAUGGCUAGCUAUGACAUUAAGGAGAUGUUCACGUCGCUGCCGCACGGUGCAAUUGAGCGAGCUGUUGAUUGGCUGCUGAGACAAUGGGAAUUAACAGGGCUGUUCAAGCUGAGCCUGAGCAGACGUGGUAGGAUUGUAUCCCUGAGUAGUAGAAGCCCUGGGCCAGGCUAUGUUACAAUUAAGCUCUCCCAGAUCCGUCAGAUGGUUGGUUAUGAAUUGAGAAAUACGUUCAUCACAUGUGCGAAGACGGUUCUCAGGCAAGUUGUGGGUAUCCCCAUGGGGAAGAACUCCAGCCCCUCCCUAGCAUGCAUAUUGUGCGCAAAGCAAGAGGUGGACUUCUUGAGCUCUCUAGGGGCGAAUCAGAGGCUGGUACAUGGGGUCAGGCUGGUAGAUGACGUCACACUGGCAGUUGCUUGUGACAUGGGUGACCUUCGGAGUGUGGCGACGGCAAGGAGAGUGUGUCAGAAGUUUGAGAAGGUGUACGGCGAGCAGCUUACGCUCGUGAGGACAGACGACGGGUCCAACUCUUGGGACUUUUUGGGGACCAGGGCUGCAGCUUUGCCAGGUCCGAUCACGUUUGUGAUCCGCCCCAAGCAUAAGAAUGAGGGGGCCAAGUUGGAAGACCCCCUAGUCUUUAGAUGCUUCCAGGACUUCGCUUCAUAUUCUGAUAAGCGUGUGAAGGCGGGGACAGUGAUUGCGGCGCUGCACAGGAUCAGGCAUCAUGCCAGUGACCCAGCAACAGGAGUCCCAGCAACGCUUUCCAUCAGUCAGGAGUACACUCUUGGCGACGCGUUGCGGCGGUUUGUCCCACAGCUUUUUGAGCCUGCAGAUGAACAAUCAGGCAAUAGCGUAACUGUGCGUAGCGCCCGAGACGGAUUCGCAGCAGACAGCCCACGGAGGAGAAGCAGCGAGACGGAGGAGAGAGACACAGGGGAGGAACAUCCUUCCAAGAUCGUGUCCAAGGAAGCAGUAGCGAAUGAAGAGGAUGGGCGAGCUUUUCCUAGCAUAGGAGACGAAGAUGUUCCCAGUGGCGGUCAAGAUUCCGGGACCACCUCGCAGCAAGAAGGAGAGAGGGGUGACGCGGGAGACAAUGUCACCCCCACCCCCGCCGCCAUCGCUGCCCAAAUGGGUGAGCCAUCCACAGCUGGAGACAGGAAGGCAAAGGUCGUCAACGGAACCGUCAGGAUCCAGGGACUGGAUGUGGGAAUCGAUUUGCCCCUCGAGUGGUUGAGUAGGAUUUUUUGUGGUCCCGAUCAGAUUCUCCAUGUUCCCUGCUAUUUUGAGACAAAGCCAUCAUCCACAAUUGUCAAGCGGGGAACACGAGAUGUGUUGUUGCGAAAGGGUGGGACAUCACACAAAAGGUUCACUGCAACCUUCACCACCUCACUUGCCGGUGAAAUCUUGAAGCCUCAUAUUCUUUUCUCGAAGUUAAAAAAUAAGCCAGUUGUUGAUGCUCCAGUGCAUGUAGAGGUGAAUGACACUAGGAUGUGGAGCGAUGACAUACUUAUGUCAUACAUAAACAACACCAUCGUCAGCCGACGACAGACUGCAUUCGAUCGUGUGUCAGUACUCCUCAUUGUGGACAGUUAUGGACCACAUUUGAAGCUGCCGGAGAAUGAUCGACUGAAGAAGAUGAACAUACACGUUGUGAUCAUUCCGCCCAACCUCACGAGUUUGUUGCAGCCACUUGACGUGGCAGUCAAUCGUUCUUUUCAGCAACACUACACUCGUGAGUAUGAUGGACACAUUCACAGGGCACUUCAAAACACCAACCUGCAAACAAAAGCAGGCAAUCCGAAGUAUCCGUCCUAUCAGAUGGUGGCUGAUUGGGUAUGUGAUUGGGUUCAAAUGAAGACCAAGCAAGAGAUCACCAAUGCCUUCGAAGUCUGCGGACUCCAGUUGAAAGCAGACUUCGACUUGGCGAAGCUUCAUGCACCAUUGCAAGCAUUGUUCAGCCCCACUCUGAAUAUGGAAGAGCGGGAUGCUGCCUUCGACAAAGAGAUCACGGAAGCUGCGGAUGGUUUUAAUCUGGAGCUUCUGCAACCGCCUGCAUAUUUCAUUCUUGUUGAUGCAAUUGGAGCCGAACCUUGCAGUCUGUGGCAGUGCCUACACCGUGCUGUUUAUGGUCCAGAAGCAAUCAUCACAUGCAAAGAAUUCGGGUACACCGUUGUUGAAUCCAUGAAGGACAUGGAGGAGGUGACCGACAUAACUAAUCCAAGUUUGUUCGAAGGGAUACUAACUGGUGUCACUCUCGCAGAGGACAUUGUCUGCUUCGGGGUCAGCGAGUGUGAGAAGUGCACCAUUCACGUGCAGGAUGCUGCAGACUCUUCUGUUCGCAGCUUUGCGCCAAACAACUCCAUGUUUGUCGCUGAGUUAGCGGCGGAGACACUCACAGCGGACAAAGCAGAGGCAAUCAUGUCUGACUCAGUGGGCACUGCAUAUUGGACUGGAACUCCUGCACUACGAAACUUAGCAUUCUUGGCGCUUUCUAUCUUACUUGGACCAGGUGCCGGUAUCUUGCUUGGACCAGGAACAGGUACUUUACUUGGACCAGGAACAGGCAUCUUAGUUGAACCUGGAACAUGGAUCAUGUUCAACGCGCUCCACGUGCUUGCCAUGGCAGGCAGCCAUGGGAGUUUCCAGGAAUACACAGGUGGAGAGUCCCCCCGCGGCUCAGUGGAGCGCAAGGAGUGUGGAAAUGCAGAGGACGUAGUGAGAGUGGCAGGAGGAGGUCAUGUGAGGGGGAGAUCCCGCGAGGGGGUGGAGGAGGUCGCACAAGGAGGAGAAGAGGUUGCAUAUGGGGAGGAGGUUGUGGGAGGUGGAGGCGGGCAGUGGGGAGGAGGUUGGAAAGAGAUCGGGAGGAGGUCGUCAGAGGGGAAGGAGGAGGUCGUGAGUGGCAGACGACGAGAUCGAUGACAGUGGGAGGAAGAGAUUGCAUGAGAGGGAGGGGGAACCAAUGACGAGAGAGGAACGGGAAAGGGAGGAGGAGGUCGUGCAAGGGGAAGAAGGUCGUGCAAGUGGGAGGAGGAGGUCGUACAGUCCUGCAUGGAGGGGGAGGACGAGGUCGGGUAGGUCGUGCAAGGGCGAGGAGGAGGUCGCGUAGGUUGCACAAGGGGGAGGAGGAGAUCGCGCAAGGGGGAGGAGGAGGUCGCACAAAGGGGAAGGAGGCCGGGAGAGUGGGAGAGAUGAUGGGGGGUGAUGGGGACAUGAUGGGGGAGAGAUGGGGAGAUGCGGAGAUGAACAAGACAAAGGUAUGUGGGUUCAUGCAACGCCACCAAUCAAACCAAUAAGCUGGUUCCUUUCUUUUUUUUUGGCCCCAAGGGAACAUCGUGUGCAUCAAUCUUCACACCCAUGUGCCUAGUCAAGCUUCAACAACAAAACAAGGACACCGAGGAGCACAUAGCUCAAAAAGAUAUUCAGAAUAGCACCCAUCCAUCGAAAGAAGUCUUCCCUUUCUUUCUUCUUGCUGCAUUGACCAGCACUUUGACAUUCGUGUAAACCUUAAAAAAGGAUGUGAUGAGCAUCCAAUCUACAAGCGAAAGGUCUUUGGACUCUUCCAAAUCACCCCCUACCGUAGCAUCGUUGCUACUCUUCUCAAGAGACUGACCCUGUCCUGCUGCAAUGCUGCUACUACUAGUAGUAGUAGUCAUACCCACCGUUGAAAAGUGGCCACCAAUCUUCCAACUUUGAUCGGACAAUCCGGGUGCAGAAGUCGGACCCCCCCGACCAGCUUUCGAUCCAGGUACAGACGCAGGACGUCCCGUGCCCGGACGAACCCGUGGCUGAGUGCACACCAGCUUGUUGUCGACGAGGCCUGCGUCUGUGAACCGCACCAUUCCGCGGACUCGCCAGGUACCCCUGUGCCCAUAAGGAAGUCGGGGUCCCAGCACAAUCGCAUCCAACGGAUCACCUGUUCAUACAAAUAAAUAAAAAAAGGAAAC